GGACCACAACUGAUAAGCAUGGGCGUUUCUCGGUGUCUAAUAUACGAUCACCCCAAAAUGACGGAGUUCUCUGGUUCCUUCUCUCAAGGAUUGAAGUUUUAUUAGCGAGUGGAAGAUAUGGAGAAGAAAAUCACGGAACUUGAAGAGAAAGCUGGCAGGCUUGAAAUGGAACAUGUAAUUAAUAAGUGGGGAUCUACUGGGUCAGCCUUGAAAGUGAUGGUUAUUGAUACAUAUCUCAAAUUUGUAAGUGCUGUAUUAUCUGAUUACAUUAAGGCUUUAAAUGGAGUGGUUGACAAAAAAUGGUGUCCUAGAAAAGAUUUUUUAAGUGCUGUUCUGGAGACUCUUAAAGAACUCGAUUCAAAGCUCUCCCACGAAUGGCACGACUCUGAUGACCUUCUUAAGGAAACCUAUCUUAAGAAAAAACUGGCAUAUUUGAAUUUGUUCCAAAUGAAAUUUACUCAUUUGGGAUAUAUUAGAUGUCCGUGGUUAUAUUUCUAAAUCUCAUAUUGAGUGGAUGGAAGAGUGUGUAUCCGACUUUGGAUGCCGAGAUGAAAUUGAAGACUAUAUAUUCGAUACAAAGAGGUCCUGGUAUCCUUUUUUCGAAAAGAAAGAAGAGGAAGAGCCUCAAAGGAAGAGGAGGAGGUCCUCUGCCUUCAACCUUCAAGACUACACCUUACUGAGGAGAAAGAGAGACAAGAAAAAGUACAUCCAAAAAAUAAGAGAAGAAUAUUUGGUCUUGGAUGAGAAAUGCAAGCGCGAAGCAAGCCGAGUUAUGCAGUUUUCCGAUUAUUUGAACAUCAGAAGCACCAAGCUUGAUAUCCCCCGAUAUCGAUUGAAAUUGGCUACCCUCAUCAGUCGCCUGUCUUCUCUCAUCAGAAUCCACCCCCAGAUUUCUAUGUACAGAAUCAAGCGGUCGGUGGUCCAACUAUCUCCAAGGUUUAACUACGUGUGUGAUGGGACAAAUGCGGUCAAGAGGGCAGGUGAUCCAGAUUAAGCUUCAAGUAUUUUGGAAGUGUCUGAUUGGGCCAAGAGGGAAGGUGAUCCAGAUUAGGGUCCAAGUAUUUUGGAAGUGUGAUCAGAAAGGAGCUGUUCACAAUGGUGGUGACGUUUUCAAUGGCUUCCUAUUUUGCCUAGGGUGAUGGUACCUAGUUGACCCAAGCGGUUAAGUUUUUGGAUGUAUCCGUCUGAUGAUGAAGAUUGUGGAAAGAUCCGUGUAUAUUUUUCAGUUUUUAGGUUUCUUUGACUCUAUGGUUUCAGUUUGUGGAUUAGAGUAUAUAAACCCUAAUCCAGUUUGUGGAUUAGGGUGUAUAUAUGAAAGUAGUAGUCUUUGUAAUGAAAUCAGAUAUUUUAGUUUUUGAAAAUGAAUCAAUUGAACCCAUUCUGAA